UUCCAGUUUCUUGUACAUACUAAUUAACCCAAGGAUUAAUUAAGUGCCUCGCACGUAAUUGUGUUUUUAUCUCAUUUUCUUUUUCGAAGAAAUUGUGUUUCCAUCUUGUUGAACGCAUUACAAUUUUAUAUUUUGGAGUUGUUUUCUUUUUCACAUGAAGCUUUAAAGGUGUGCUGACCAGUAAGGGUUGAAAACCCAGUUGUAUGAUCAUUUAACAAUAUUGUCAUCGUCAUCAUCUUUGUCGUCGUUGUUUUCUUCGUCAUUCAAUCAUCAUCACCACAAUCACCUUUGUUUCGUCGCAAGUCUCAGCGUAGGUUCGAGCCAUGGCUAUCGGAAGCUGUUUCGGUCCAUUGUUUCGUCACAAGCCUUCUGGAAUUAAGGCAAUGAAAGACUCUAGGGAGCCCAAGGGUCUUCCUGUGAAACAGAAGAAUGCUUCUAGGAGAGGCAUGCCAAAAGAUAGGUCUUCCGAAGAUUCAGGCAACCGGGUUCGGAUGACUGAGCUCCGGAAGAAGAUCAUCUUCUUCAGGGACAUCAUCGACCUACCAGCUUGUGAUGCUUCUGCUGCCACAAAUGAGAUGGUAAUGAGGUUGAUGAGGGAUCUACAGAAACUUUACCCUGAAAUUGUGCUACAUAAACAGUUAUCAGAAAUAAAGGGAGCAUCUAUAGAAAAGGUCCUGGCCUCCUUCUGCAAGGCAUUGAAAUCUAUUGGAGAGUCUUGGAUGACAAGUUAUGACAGGUUGGACAAACCGAGAUAUGAAUUCCCAUCACUCAAGGAGAAUGUCAAUUCUGAGCAACUCGUUGAGAUGGUGUUGGGAACACUUGAUUGCUUGAUGAAGAUGGCAUGGGACAAGUUCGAUAUGAUGGAUCAGGAUGACCAGAAAGGAGAAGAUUACAGCCCUCGGAAUAGCUCAUUCGGGAAGCUCUUGAGCGAUUCGGAAAGCUGCACCUCAGGCUCCACCUGCCCUUCUCCGGUCACUCCAUCUUCUGUCCUUCCCGAGAUUGAUGGUUCUUCUAGAUCACGAAAGAAGGCCAACAUUGGUUCCAAAUCACCAUUGCUUUGGACUUUGAGAGUGCAAGCAGUUGGGAAGCUGAAUCUAAUUGAUGUUAAAAACUUGUCUCUUCACUUGUCGAAACAAGGAGCUCAUGGCACCGGCGAUGGCAUGGAAAAGAUUGAAAAUUUGGUUGAGGAACCAUCAAUUGGGACAGAAUUAGACAGCAACCCUCAAAAGAAAAUUGCAGCAACAGAUGCGGAAGUAGUAGCCCCAAAUCUGAGUUUGAAUGAGAACUCUAGUGGAAAGGGAAUAGACAACACAAGUGAUGAUGUUGAAACUCCAACCACAACCCCUGAGACAUUGGAAGCAGACACCACAGAAUUGUCAUUGCCUUCCUCGCCGCCAACACUACCACAACAAAAAUCAGCGCCUCCGCCUCCACCUCCACCUCCACCAGCGCAACAACUUUCACUGCCUAAUACACAAGCAGCAACAAGAAUACCAACACCCCCUCCACCACCAUCAUUACCCACAUUGAAGCUAAAUGUUGCAACACUGCCGCCACCACCAUCAAUGCCCACCUUGCAGCCACAAGUUACAGCACCUCCUCCGCCGCCACCAACAUUAACACCACAAAAUGUAGCAGCAGUUGGGGGGCCACCACCCCCACCACCUCCACCAAUGGCACCAGGAUCAGUGUCAGUAACUCCACCAACCCCACCACCAACACCAAUGAUACCAGGGUCAACAAUAGUGGCUCCAUCCCCACCUCCACCAGGAUCGUCAAAUGGAGCUCCACCACCACCUCCUCCACCAGGAUCGUCAAUUGGCGGCCCUCCACCCCCACCACCUCCACCAGGACCAUCAAAUGGAGGUCCUCCACCCCCACCACCCAUGUUAAAAGGCCCAUCAAAUGGAGCUGCUCCACCCCCACCUCCUGCACUCGGUGCAGGAAGAUCCUUGCGCCCCAAGAAAGACACCAAACUGAAGAGAUCAUCCCAAAUGGGGAGUCUCUAUCGCCUUCUCAAGGGAAAGGUGGAAGGAUCUAGCUUGGAUGGAAAAGCAUCCAAUGGGAGAAAGGGCGGAGUUGGAAGCAGCUCUGGCGGAAAACAAGGAAUGGCUGAUGCUCUAGCAGAGAUGACAAAGAGAUCAGCAUACUUUCAACAAAUUGAAGAAGAUGUUAAGAAGUAUACAAAGCCUAUCACGGAAAUGAGAACUACCCUUAGUUCUUUCAAAACAAAAGACAUGAAUGAACUGAUGCAGUUUCACAAGAAAGUCGAAUCUGUUCUUGAACACUUGACUGAUGAGUCACAGGUGCUAUCAAGGAUUGAAGGGUUCCCAACAAAGAAGUUGGAAACAAUAAGGAUGGCAGCAGCACUGCACAAAAAAUUAAAUACAAUGCUCACUGAACUGCAGAAUUGGAAACUAGUGGCUCCAUUGGGUCAGCUCCUUGACAAGGCAGAACGCUACUUCAAUAAGAUCAAAGGAGAAAUAGACGCCAUGGAACGAACUAAAGACGACGAAGCCAAGAAGUUUCAGAGCCAGAAUAUCCAUUUCGACUUCAAUAUCCUCAUCCGGAUCAAAGAAGCCAUGGUGGAUGUUUCCUCAAGCUGCAUGGAGAUGGCACUAAAGGAAAGGAGAGAAGCAAAGGCUGCAGAGAAGAGUACUGGAACAAAAACUGAUCAGAAGCAAGCAAAGAUUUGUGUUAAAAUGCUGUGGAGGGCUUUUCAGUUUGCUUUUAGGGUUUAUACGUUUGCUGGUGGACAUGAUGAUCGGGCUGACAUGCUCACAAAAGAACUGGCUAAUGAAAUUGAGUCCGAACCGCAGCACCACUGAAACCCUAAUUCCCAGAUGGUCUUAAGGGCUUUGAAAGCAAUAAAUCGUAGUAUUACCCAUAACUUAAUCUCCGUAUGAUUAACAGCAUUCUGUUUUUGUAAAACCAAAAAAAAGUUCAUUUUUCUUUUGUUGUGACCCUUGUAAAUAAUCCGGUCCAAAAAAAAUCUUGUAAAAAAAUUAAGGCUUUGUAUGUAUUGAGUAUGAUUUUGAUUAGGAAUUAAUUAGUACCA